UACAGUAAACACUCCGCGCUAACCCACCUGCGUGACUUGCACAAAUCGGUUGGGCGUCAUUUCAUGCAGAAAUACUUCCGCGACGGAUCCGGGCUGCAAGCUUUCUAACAUCGCCGUUCCCUCAUCACACGGAAUUGGAUGCAUCACUGGAGUGUACCAGAACAGCGGCAUCACAUCUGUACCAUAGGAAGGUUUCAUCCGAAACAUGAAGGGUCUUCUGUUCUUCAUGUUAAUCGGUGCCGUCUGCCAUGGCAACCGAAACGUUACCAUGACUACAGCAUCGAACAGGCGGCCUACCCUCAGCAACAAUGGCGACAUACUCGUCGGUCGCGGUCAGCUUUACGUGUGUGCACUUCAAACUUCUAUUUCAACAUACACCUGUAUGUGCUCACAAAUAUCUGCCUUAUCCAUUGUUAAUGUUGACUUUUUCGAUACAACGGUCACUCAGCUGCUCGUAGAUUGUAGAUACAAAAUCAGCAGCUACCAUUUUACUGUUUUUGACAAGCUACCGUCGUUCAUAAAGACACUGCGUAUAUUGGAUUGUUUUGAAGCGGAAAUAACAAAGGAAGUGUUGGCCGGAUUGGCAGAUGUUGAGUUUCUAGAUAUAGGAAACAGCAUUUCGCUUUUCACCGAUGGCUAUGAUCAACACACUGAAUUCUCUCGUAUAAAUGAACCUCUAGAUCCAGUAAGGUUGGACCAGGAUCUUUUUUCGUCCGUACCACAGUUAAAGAAACUGUCACUGCAUUGGCUAUACCUGGAUACAUUUCCAGAGGCCAUCUAUCACCAAACGAAUGGGCAAGCUCCCCUUAUGAACUUAGAAGAAUUGGACCUUUCUUUUAACGACAUACCCGAAUUAAUGCCGGAGUUUUUCAACAACAUGCCAAAGCUUAGAUCGCUUGACAUGUCGGUCAAUCGAAUAAACAACAUGUCUGACUCAUUUGCAAAUAUGCCAAAUCUCCAAAAUCUGUAUAUCAGAGCUAACUUCCUGGAUACUUUGGAUGGUUCCCCCUUCGAAGCCUUACCAGGGCUAGGCACACUAGUUCUAUCCUUAAUGGGUCCAGUCAGAAAUGUAACAUUACCCGGACCCGCAGGUCUGAAGUAUCCUACUAGAGGAUCCCUUCAGUUUAUAUAUCCAUGUUCGUUUGAUGGGCUGUCGAAUCUCAGAAUACUUGAUUUGCAUCACCAUAGUAUUCUGACGAUACAAAACGGAACGUUUCUGCAUCUUGGUAGCCUUGAACAAUUGGAUCUAUCCGUGGGACUUCUAUCAGCAAUCGAAGAGGACGGGUUUGAAGGGUUGCAGUCGCUAAUAUCGUUGGACCUGAGCUACAAUAACUUGUCACACAUAGGAAUUUCACCCUUCAACAGUUUGCCAGCAUUACGUUCACUGAAUCUUGAAGGGAACUACUUAGAGUCACUAUCAGACGAAGUAUUUCUUGGUUCACACCUUUUGACAUCUUUAAAGCUUGGCUACAACCAUCUCACUGAUAUUUCCAUGGACGCCUUUAAGCCUCUUGUUAGAUUAGAAUCGUUAACACUUCAUCAUAAUUCUCUGACGUCAGUCGAGGGGUUUCUUUCGGGCUUAUUGUCUAAAUAUUGUGAAGAUAUCGACAUUUCAUUCAACAACGUAUCAACUCUAGAUGCAUCCAUUCUGCCAUCACUCGCAGUAGCUGAGAGAACGGUCACUCUGAAUCUGUCACACAACUCACUGACGACAGUUUAUGCCACCAACUCGUACUUUGAUAUAAGUGAGAGUCAGUCAUCAAAGCAACUCAUACUCACACUAGAUUUGCGCUGGAACAGACUGCUAUCUAUUCCAUUUCGACUUGAUAGAUUCAGCUUUUUCAGUUUGCCCAGGCUUGUCAUAGACAAUAAUGAUCGCUAUAGAUACGCCAAAAUUGGCCUGCAUCACAGGUUGACGGUUCUAAUGCGUCAUAACCCAGUCAUAUGUGAUUGCGGGAUAUAUGAGCUCUUGCAGAACAUUGGAACUGCCCAAAAUGGAGCUUUGUACACAAAUACAGACUUUAAAGAGAUGACGUGCCAGGCACCUGAAAACUUGUGUGGAAUAAAGCUCGAAGAUCUCAGCCCAUCUCAAACAUGGUGUCAGAAGUGGGACUGUCCUUCUACUUGCGGUUGCAUGGUUCAAGGUGAACAAAAUUCUACUCUUUCCCCUUGGAAUGAACUUUUUGACUGUUCAGAAAGGAAUUUAUCUGUGGUUCCUAACGGGAUUCCAAGUUCAGCAACAAUCCUUCAUUUCGGACGGAACAGCAUUAUGAGAAUUGAGAAAACUGCCUUUAUGGAAGCUCCGAUAACCAGAGAGUUGUAUCUUAGCAAAAAUAACAUCACAAAAAUUGAUUCGAUAUCGUUUAGCCACAUUCCAUUGUUGGAAAUUCUCUAUUUGGACGGAAAUAACUUGGAGGAAAUCACAGGACAUCAGUUUAUGUAUUUAGAAAACUUGCGAGAGCUGUACCUGAACAGAUCCGGGGUUAGAGCUGUUCAAAAGGACGCCUUUCGGCAUUUACCAUUAUUACAAGUAUUGCAUUUAGGACACAACCUAUUGAAAGCUCUGUCAAAUGAUUUGUUCUCUGAUUUAACAAAUUUGCAACACUUGUCCUUAUGGGGAAACUUCUUCGUAUGUGAUUGUGAUAUUCUGUGGCUCAAAUACUGGAUGCUGAACACAAAAUCGAUUCUGAGUGAGGGAAAUGUCACAUGUACACAUGAACAAAACCAAGUUCAAGAAAAUGUCGGAUCUCUUUCGUCAGAUAUCCUUCAUUGUGAUCUUGCAAACGCAGAGAGAAAGAGCAGGAUUACCAUUGGUUUCUCUAUUGUCGUUGUUCUCCUGUCUUUACUGAUAUUAGUUGGGAUAGUGCUGCAUAAGAGGAAGGAAGACCUACAAGUUUACCUCUAUGCACGGUACGGAUGGCGAUUCAAAGAAGAGCGGGAAAACACGGACAAACCUUACGAUGCCUUCUUGUCCUACAGUCAACAUGACCUAGACUUUAUCCUUCAGCACAUGUUACCAGGCCUUGAAAGUAGAGAUCCUCCUUUCCGAGUCUGUCUUCACCACCGUGACUUCAUUCCGGGUGUUCCUAUUGCUGAGAACAUUUUGACCGCGGUUGAGGAGAGUAGACGAACCAUCGUGGUUGUCUCUAGAAACUUCCUAGACAGCGAUUGGUGCCAGCUGGAAUUUCAAGCUGCGCAUGCGCAGGUUUUACGGGAUUGCGCCAAUCGUUUGAUCAUGAUUCUCCUGGAGGAAAUAUCUGUUGACGACGCCCCUCCAGAAAUCAAACACUACAUAAAGACGCACACGUAUCUAAGGUGGGGGGACGAACGGUUUUGGGAACGGCUGGUUUACGCCAUGCCCCGACCAAGGCAACCCGAGGAGCUAGUUCGAAACAUGGAACAAGAACCUUCUGAAAUACGCGUCGCACUUCAACAAACCACUACGGUUUAACAUGAUAAAUAAAUAUGUAAAUACAAACGUUUUAAGGAGCUUUGAAAAUUUUAAUGAUAAAAUUCUCUGUAUUUCAAUAUACAAGUUUUCAUAUAUCAUUUUCUUUGUAGAAUGAAUUAUGAAUACAUAUUGUUUCUCUUUUACAAUUAGGAUCUUCUUGCAUCAAUGUGUUGCAACAUAUGUUAUAAUCAUAUCUUACAAUAUAAACAUCAUACAGGUUAAAGCAACAUAAAAUAGCUACAAAUUGUAGCUGUUUACCUGACAUUCUGUUCUAUCAUUCAAUUAUUUACAUCCAUUAUUAAGAUACUCAGAAUAUAUACAAGAUCUGCAGCUGAAACCAACUUACGAUUAUUUUUAGUUUGUUCUGCGGGAUCCAAGAUUACUUACCCUAGCUAGAAUCUAGUUUGUUCCCAGGGCCUACACAGGGCAGCUUUUUGUACAUUUUUGACAUCUUAAGAUAAUGCAUCAUAAACAGCACAACUAAACAUUGAAGCAGACCUGGAUUUUGUUACAACCUACAUAAUACGUUAUCAGCAUCUUUCGAAUGAGUUUGUUAACACGGCGGUCCGAAUCACGGAUAAAUGUGUAUUUUAUGGUACCAAUAGUCACAGGCGACAUUGUAGAGUAGAUCUGGAUGGGUUUUUAACCAUAUAUUGUACUUUUCGAUGGAAGCAAUAAAAACAUGAAAAGUUGUUA